AUGGAUUUCAACGACACAAACAUGACUGAUCUGCAUAAUACCACGAAUGACAAUGGUGGUUAUAAUCCGGAUGCAAAUAUACAUUUUACUGGAGCAUCUGCAGUUGCCAUUGCUCUCUGCUUGUUUGGAAUAGUGGGAAAUGUGAUUGUGUUCUGGUUUCUUGCCUUCAGGAUAAAGAGAAACAAAUAUACUGUUUAUAUUAUCAACCUGGCAAUAGCUGACUUCAUCUUUCUAUUAUUUACUGCUCUAAUAAUGAUGUUAUAUAUAAACACACUAAUUGUUGAAAACUCUAAUUUUACCGGAAGAAAGGCUUUCUAUAUAUUUCUAGAAAUAUUUUAUGAUACCGCUCAGUAUUCAGGAAUGUUCUUCCUCACAGCCAUUAGCAUGGAACGGUGCCUCUCAGUGAUGUUUCCAAUGUGGUAUCAUUGUAACCGACCAAAGAAUUUAUCUUCUAUUGUGUGUCUUGUCCUCUGGUUUGUUGGCUGCUCAGAGAGUCUCAUUAAAAAUCUUGCAUGUCCACCAGAAGAUUUUGCAGCUCAGACAAACUUAUGUACGGGAGUUCAGCUAAUGACAUUUACUAUAGGUGUUGGUAUCUGCUUGCCAUUAAUGGUUCUUUGUAGCUUCGCACUACUUAUAAGAGUAGGGAGGAUCUUCCAGCGGCAAUACCCCCCAAAGCUCUACAUUAUUAUCAUUGUUGCUGUGAUUAUUUUUAUUCUGUCAGUCGUUCCAUUUAACUUCAUAUGGUUUUUAAUGUACUUUCAACUUUUGAAAUUGGAUGUUCAGUAUGUUAGUAUUUACUAUGCCAGCGUGUUUAGCACAUCACUGAAUAGUACUAUCAAUCCAUACAUUUACUUCAUUGUGGGAAGACAAUGGAGAGAAAAAUCUCAUCACUCCAUUCAUGAUGCCCUUCAAAGAGCGUUCAAAGAUGAUGAAGAAAUACAAGAUGCGAAAGAAAAAAGUGAUAAAACAAACAGUUCAUCUUGCAAGAUAAAAAGUACAGAUGAAGAAAAAAGGGUUAACUGA